GAGUCUCACUGGAGAAUGGACUUUGGGACAUCGUCCCAGACCCUCCCCGCCCCUUUGCACUGCCCUUUAAUCCCCCCACCCCCUGGUCCCCAGGGGGCUGGGUCACUCUGGACCUUGCUACUUCCUGCUCCUGGCAGCCACUGCUCAGAAACUAUGGAGCUGUGGAGGCAGCUGAGGCAGGCUGGACUGGUGCCCCCUGGGCUGGGCCCACCGCCCAGGGCCCUGAGGGGGAUUCCUCCAGGAAGGGGAGCUGGCCAGAGCCUCAUGUCCCCAGGGGCAGACACUAAAGAUGCCAGGGAGAGUCUGCUGUGCAUCUGGGAGGAGCUGGAGAACCUCCGCAGAGUGGAUGUCCAGCUGCUUGGCCAGCUGUGCAGCUUGGGGCUGGAGAUAGGGGCGCUGCGGGAAGAACUGGUUGCCUUCCUGGAAGAGGAAGAGGAGAUCAUUGAGGAAGAGAAGGAAGAUGAAGAGCUGGAGGGGACGCAGGAGGAAGGACACCUGGGGGGCUCCUGCCCAGCCCCAUGUCUCCGCCUCCCAGACUUUGAGAUGACUAUCUGACGUCCUGCUAGUGUCCUUCCCAUUGGCACACGAAUGAGGUUCAAAUGUAUGCAAAGAAACGGGGCGUUUGCAGGUCAGAUAAACCUGCAAAUGUUGAUUUGGAAUCCACAUGUGUUCUUGAGCAACUGCUUUCUCUGAAGUUGUCUGUGAGGAGGUUCAGGGCUUGGCCUGUGAGCUUUGGGUGUGUUUGAAGAUGAAGUGGAAAGUUUGCAGAGAAACAAGGUGUGUGUGCGGAUGAGCGGCAGGAGUGUUGGCAGGGGAGGUGUGGGUCUUUUCAAAUGGAGUGGAGCUGCUUGCAGAUGAGGUUUUAGAUCAAGGCCAUCCGUUGGCUGCACUGAGCACUUGAAAUCGACUAGCCCUAAUUGAGGAGCACUGUAAGUGUAACAUACACGCUGAAUGCUGAAUUUCAAAGGCUUAGUACAAUAACAAGAAUACAAACCACUUCAAUAAUCUUAAGAAAUUAAUUACAUGUUGAAAUGAUAAUAUUUUGCGUAUAUUGAGAUACAUAAAAAUAUUACUAAAAUUCGUUUCACUUGUUUAAGAUUUUUUUAUUGUGGUAAAAUAUAC